AUGAGCAAGCGGCACGCCACCGAGGCGCUGGAGGACUUGCAGGGCAUCGCCUCGCCUUCCUCCAAACGAUCACGGACGCGCGAGGCCGAAUCCCCCAUCGAAGGCAACAGCAUUGCAAGCGCAUUUGAUAACGAUGGCACGAAUGGACACAUGGCGGUGGCAGCGGACGACGGCGACGACGACGAGUUCGAAGGCGCGGAUGUGGCGCCAAUAACAGCGCCGACGCGGCAGUCGAACCCAGCCGCUGGCUACGACGACCUUUACCUUGACACAAUCGACCGCAACGUGCUGGACUUUGACUUCGAGAAGCUAUGCUCGAUAUCGCUCUCCAACAUCAACGUCUACGCAUGCCUGGUGUGCGGGCGCUACUUCCAGGGCCGCGGCCCCAAGUCGCAUGCCUACUUCCACUCGCUCGACGAGGACCACCAUGUGUACAUCAACCUUGAGACGCAAAAGGUCUACGUGCUCCCGGAAGGCUACGAAGUCAAGAGCAAGGCUCUCGAAGAUAUCAAAUACGUCUCGGACCCGCGGUACACAAAGAAGGAAGUCAUUGAGCUGGAUCGCCCAGUGCCCGCCGGCGCCGACGGCCGCAAGAAGAGCUGGACGCUGGGCGGAAAGGAGUAUGUACCGGGCUUCGUGGGCAUGAACAACAUCAAGGAGAACGACUACCUCAAUGUCAUCGUGCAAGCGCUGUCGCAUGUCGCACCGCUGCGUAAUUACCUACUGUUGGAGGACUUCUCUGGCAAGUCGGAGCUGGUGAAGCGCUGCAGCAUCCUGUUCCGCAAGAUCUGGAACCCGCGGGCCUUUAAAUCGCACGUGUCGCCGCACGAGCUGCUGCAGGAAAUCGCGCUACGCUCCAACAAGCGAUUCACGUUGACGACGCAAUCCGACCCCGUCGACUUCCUGUCCUGGUUCCUCAACAACCUGCAUCUCGGGCUGGGCGGCAGCAAGACGCGGCCAGGCAGCUCCAUGGUGCAGCGCGCAUUCCAGGGCCGCCUCAAGGUCGAAUCGCAGGCCAUAACGGCGCGCGCCGACGUCGGCGAUCGCCUGCGCUUCGAGGACGCCGGCGAAGUCAAGGUGGACAUUGUGCGGUUCCUGCUGCUCACGCUGGACCUGCCUUCGGCGCCGCUCUUCCAGGACGAGCUCGAGCGGAACAUCAUCCCGCAGGUGCCGCUGACGGCCAUCCUCGCCAAGUACGACGGCAAGUCGGCGCAGGAGCACCACGCGCAGCGCAAGCGCUACCGCCUGCUGCACCCGCUGCCCCCGUACCUCGCGCUGCACGUCAAGCGCUUCAGCCAGAACAAGUUUGUGUCGGAGCGCAACCCGACCAUUGUCACGUUUGAUGCGCGUAGCCUCGACGUCUCGCCGUACGUCGAGCCCAACCCGGCCGAGUGGCCCCCGAGCGAGCCCAUCUGGUACGACCUCGUCGCCAACGUCGUCCACGAGGCGGUGCGCACAAAGGAGGACGUCGCCGACACGGGCGAGGAGCGCAAGACCUGGAAGGUCCAGCUGCGCGACAAGGCCACAGGCGAGUGGGUCGUCUGCCAGGACCUCUUCGUCGACAAGGUCCAGAGCGAGCUGCUGUACCUGGGCGAGUCGUACCUGCAGAUCUGGGAGCGCAGGAGGGAGCCUGCGAGCAAGGGCAAAGCGAACGCCAAGUAG